AGCAGCUAAGCCGCGCACCUCCUGGAGCUUGCAGUCUGAGAGUUCUUUCCAGUAUGGGACCUCACAAGGCUGAUGCUCACGCCAAGCCAGAAAAACCGACUCAGGACCUCUCUCUCAUAAACUCUCAGAAGCUGCUCAGCGUCCCGCCUGUGUCCCUGCGACUUCGUGUGCUGCCUUGGUGGUUCCCAGUCCAGGAACUCAGCAAUCCUAUGGUGUUCUACCUGGAAUCUUGGGUGGCAGAAAGAAUCAUUGGCUCAGACCAAGACGAAAUCUCAGAAAUAGAGUGGAUGAGCCAGGCCUUGCUGAGCGUGAACUUGGCCAACUCUGGGAAACUAGCUGAAAUCACCAUCUAUGGACGACCCAGUGCACAGAUUCGAAUGAAAAAUAUUCUCUUGAACAUGGUGGCUUGGUACAAAGAAGACGAAGUCCAAAGAGCUGUGAAGCUGAAACAAGUUGAAGAGUUUUUAAAACAACAUGCGUCCUCAAUCAUAACCCAAGCGUCAAAGGGCGUUAGACUCAAGCUGACUUGCAGCCCGCCUCUGCUGGAGGGAAGAGAAGCACGGAUGGAUUCUUAAAUCACUACAGGUGUUUUCUUACCUGCCUUCAUGAGCACCUUCUGGAUUUUGUUUUUUUUCUUUGCAAAUAGCAAUUCGUUGAACUAUUCCAAUAAAAAAAAUUUUUUUUGGUAUGA